AUGGCGAUUGAUGGAGGGGGGAGGAACUGUGGUGUCCAUGAGCUCAUCUGUGCUAGAAGAGUUUCUCCCGAGGUGCUUGGCGCGUUGUCCUCCCUCGUGGCCUUUGCGGUGCUGAUGCUGAUCUUUUUCGUCUACCUCAGCAACAAGCUGUCAGCGCAGAGUGCCUCCAGCCUCCCUGUUCUGGACAGCCCCACAGGGGACCAACAAGAAGGCGGAGCAGCAGGCAAGGCCAAGGAGAGCUCGGAGAAGUCCAAGAAGAAAGAGAAAGAGGAGAAAGAGAAGAAGUCGGCGUGGGACAACAAACCCAAACAGUCGGCCGACCAGGAGGGUUACAGCAGCGAGGCCUCGACCAACCGCAUCCAGAGGAUCAAGCGCGAGUCUCCGCUCAACGAGCUCCAGCCGCCGCCGUACCAGAACACGCCGGAGCGCCUCUCCCACUCGGGCUCACGCACGCGCUCGGGGCGUGGCGGACGGACGGGUGGCGGGGGGAGGGGCUCGUCCCCGGAGCGCUGCUCCAGCGAGGCCAGCGUGGACCAGGACACGGAGAGCUACCUCAACAAGGGCUAUGACGAGGACGUGCCCAGCGACAGCACCGCCGUGCUGGGCCCCGAGGACGGCUCCGGGCCCCGGCUCCCCGCCCUCUACGAGCCCGAGCCGCUGGCCAAGUACGGGACGCUGGACGUGGCCUUCGAGUACGACGCGGGCCAGCAGUGGCUGGCCGUCACCGUCACGGCCGCCACCGACAUCCCGCCGCCGCGGCAGGCGGGCAACGUGGCGUGGCAGGUGCACCUGGUGCUGCUGCCCACCAAGAAGCAGCGGGCCAAGACGGGCGUGCAGCGGGGGCCCUGCCCCGUGUUCACCGAGACCUUCAAGUUCAGCCGGCUGACGGCCGAGGCGCUGGUGGACCACGCCGUGCGCUUCCGCCUCUACAGCGUGCAGCGCAUGAAGAAGGAACGCGUGCUGGGCGAGAAGGUCUUCUACCUGACCAAGCUCAACCUGCAGGGCAAGAUGGCGCUGCCCGUCACGCUGGAGCCCGGCUCCGAACUCACGGGUUGCGGCUCUCUGGUGAGCGUUUCGCGCUCCACCGGCGCGCUGUCCUACCGCUCCACGGGGGAGUCCUGCGCCCCCGAGAUCCUGCUGGGGCUGAUCUACAACGCGUCCACGGGCCGCCUGUCGGCCGAGGUCAUCCAGGGCAGCCAUUUUAAGACCGCCGUCUCCGACAAGCCCACAGACGGCCUGUUUUGUUGUAUAAAGCACGUCGUAGGAGGGCAGCUCUAUGUCAUGAGAGACACCUACGUCAAGCUGGUCAUGCUGGACUCCAAGGGCAAGGAGAUGUCCAAGUGCAAGACUGGGGUGUGCCGCGGCCAGCCCAACCCCACCUACAAGGAGAGCUUCGUGUUCCAGGUGGCCCUGUUCCAGCUGUCGGAGGUGUCGCUGGUGGUGUCGGUGUUCUGCCGGCGCAGCAGCCUGCGGCCGCGGGAGCAGCUGGGCUGGGUGUCCCUGGGCCUCAACAGCACCGGGGAGGAGCAGCAGGCCCACUGGAGCCAGAUGAAGGAGGCCGAGGGCCAGCAGGUCUGCCACUGGCACGUCCUCACCGACACAUAG